AUGGAGAAUGAAAACUCAACACUUCUCUUUAUAUUAUUACACAUAAUAGUGUUCAUAUUUCGACUUCCGCAUUCGAUUGAGAGCUACCUAAAACGAGAGGAACUGGAAAGCAGCUCCUCCUUCUACGAUGCACUGAUACUCGCAAAGGAGGCGGACCGCGUAGGGGAGCUAUCCUCCUUACGCCCCAGCCACCGCAGCAGGCAACGCUUCGGGCGUCGAGGAUCCAGUGAUGUACUCCGGCCACCGUGUAGGUACUACAUGUUUGGCAGGCAACAACUGCGCAUUUUGGGAACAUUGUGCAAAGUAACCACUUGGAAGGAAAUAUCGUCGACGGUACAUUGUUCCAUAUUCUUCUCCCAGCGAAAUUGCGACUCCUUUACUAUCGAUACCACGAUGAAGCGAUGCAUUUACUAA